UAUAUAGGAAAACUUACUAAUAAAAAUCGAGUUCAGUACAAUUAAAUGAUUUGGGAUGGUGUAUUGAAAUUAUAUUUGCUCAAAAGGAGUUGAAAAUAUUUUUUAAACCUUUUUUGAGCAAUUAUCAAAUUUUAUAUUUAAAUAUUUAAAAGAAAAAACUUUUUAACUAUAAAUGAGGAGUACCUGUUAAGUAACCAUAUAAAUGCUUUAUUUUAUUUUUAUUUUAUUAUCUAUUGACUCCAGCCCAAUAAAAUUUUAACAGAGAAAUGCAAACAUUGUACUUGCAGGAAAAAAUUAAUUUAAUAUUAUUACCACCACAAUAUUUGCACACAAAACUUUUCAAGCGUUAAUCAUCCUAAUGAAUCACGUUUAAUGACGCGGUUUUAAAAUUAAAUAACCCUUAUAAUUAAUAUUAAUCUCAAUCGCAAAUAUUGAACCGGCAACAGUGGUACGGUCACGAGUGCUUUUGAUCUUACCAAUUUGUAAGCUGUGCUGUGUAUAUAAUAAGACUAACCAUUAUGCUUCUAUGGUGCUAGUGGUUUUUCUUUCAUGUUUUGAUAGUUUUUGGUUUCAUUCUUAGAAUUAAGAAUGGAUUAGUUCCUUGAAGCAAGAGUGUGAGUAUCGCAUAAAUAUUGCACCUGAAAACACUUUCGGUGUGUUCUCUUGAGACAGGAAAGUGAAUGGCUGUGAACAUUUUCGAAAAUUAAAUUUGGAGUUUUGAAAUUUCUAUAGCAAUGGAUAUCAUAGGUCCCAUAGCAUUUAUAAUAAUUUGCUUGAUAAUCUUAAGUAUUUGUGGCUGGUGCUGCAAGAAACGACGCCCCGGUUUUGUAUAUGGCCAACCAAAUGGUACAAAUGUGACGGUUACUACUCAACCUGUUCACCAAUCUCCAUUAGUCAAUCCCCCUUAUCCUGUCCACCAAGGACCGACCCCUUACAACUACCCACCGCAAACUAUGAUGCCGAUGCCCCAGCCACCGCCUGGUGUUUAUCCUCCACCUGGCGGACCCCCUUAUCCUCCGAACGCGGGUGCGCCUUAUCCGCCUGGUCCGGUUCCGGGGAUGGGAGCUCCAUAUCCGCCCCAAGUAGGAGGUGCAUAUCCUCCCCCGUAUGAUGUAGCAAUGGCACAACCACCUAUUCAACCACCUCCAUCAAGAGAAGCUUAUGGGAAACAGGCGCCUUACAACCCAAAUUAUUAAAGUUAAGUCACUACGUUAAUUAAUUUUUACUUUAGUCAAAGCUUUUGUUUUAAGUGUCAAGUUAAGAUGCUGUUUGCAACUUUUUGUUGUAUAUCUGAGGAUUUAUAUUGCAAAUCAAAAAUGCAAGGAUUAUCUCAAGCUGCAUGUUGCUAUUGGAAUCCCAUUUGUUUGCUCAGACUGUGACUUAAGUUUAUUUGAAUUGUUUUAAAAUUAUUGUUGUGUUAGCAUUAUUUUGUUUUAGCUGUAUUCAAAAUAUUUUUUUCAUGAGUGUGAUGUGGGAUAAUAACUAAUCUACUUGCAGAAGCCUUCUCAAGGAAAAAAAAAUACUGACAAUGAUAAAAGCGACAAAUAAAUGUAUAUUUAUUCAUAUAUUUAAAAACAAAGAAAGGUCUAACAAGUAAAAAAAAAGCAAGGUUAUAAGAGAUCUGGUUCGUAUCAUCUUUUAUGUAUACCUAGGCUAGUUUGGUUAGUUUCGUUCUUUCGACUAUAUUAGCUCUAAAAUUGAAUACUUUUAAGCCUACAUCCCCUAUUGUUUCACUAUUUUUGAUACAUUAAGCACCCUAACAUGUUUCAUUUCAAAGGAAUACAUCGGAUUAAAGUCUCAGCUUUUUAAUGACUUCACUGCCUUUAUGUUCAAAAAUGUAACAUGAACUGAUGAGAUUAAGACUGUUAAAGAUCAGCUUCGGGUAGGCCUGCCCCCCAGUAAAGUUGAUGCUUUCAAUGGUUAUGGGAUAAAUAAAUGGUAUUUUAGAAGUUGCUUUGAACAAGUGAAAAUAAGAUAAAUAAGAACUAAAAGUUCAGAUUUUCACGAAAUUAUAUAUGUGACAUUUGAUAAAGACACGGUGUUGUCGAAACAAUUGUCAUGUCAUAAUAUAUAAUUUCAUGGAAAUCUGAACUUUUAGUUCUUAUUUAUUUUGAUAAAUGGAUUUUCAUCAAGUAAAAGCCACCUCAGUUCAAUUUUUGAAAAUAAGAUCUUUGAAAUAAAGUGCAGGAAAUGAAUGCUUGCUAAUCCGUUUGCUAUCACCAAAAAUCAACUAAUUAUUAUUAAUUAUAUGGGAAAAUUUGCAGAGCUAAAACAAAUCACUGAGAUGUGCUUCCUGCAACGGCAAUGAAAUUAAUUUCAAAUUCUGCUAAAAUCAUUCCAAAAUGGGAAAUUUUUUUUUAUGGGAAAUUUUAUUAUAUAAAGAAGCUUAAUAUUAAUUUGUGUCCAGGGAACUGCAUCCUGAUUUUAUUUAUUAUUAUUUUUGUUAUAUUAAUUGGUUAAAUAUAUUUUUGUAGUAAGGCCUUCACAGAUUCAAGGGGUAUUUUCAAAAAAUAAAUAUGUCCAAAAUAAAUUAUAUUUAAUAUGAAAAGUACGAUUUAGUAAUAAAUGUAAUGGAUAUCUGUGUGAUAAAAACUUAAAUGUUGAUCCACUUAUAAUUAAGAAGUCUUAUUGGCUGUUAUAUUAUUGUAUUAUAUUGUAUUUAUGUAAAUAAACAAAA